GUGAGAGAGACAAACAGAGCUGAAAGAUGGUAAGAGGAGAAGUACUAAGCGCGUACAGGACCCUUCUAAAAGCUACCCGGAAAGCGUUCGCCGGCGAUACCAUGAUGCUGAACGCCUCCGCCAUCGAGGUUCGUCAGAAAUUCGACGCCAAUCGAAACGUGACUUCGGAGCCUGAGAUCCAGAGACUCCUCGAGGAAGCACUUGAGGCAUCCCAUUUCAUUUCCACCAUGAUCGUUCAAGCUAAGCUCAACGAACGCGGCGGCUACGAGGUUAAGCCGAAUAAGGAGCAUGCGGGAGCUACACUGGAGAUCCCUUCCGAAGAGAUCAUCAGAAAAUCUGCAUCACAGUCAAAACAAUAAGCUUGGCCUUUCAUCAGAUACAUCACUACUCUAUUUCCUUGCUUAUUUCUGCCUGCUAAUGACUUGCUCUUCCGUUUUUACGUACAAUUUCAAUUGCCUGCUUUAAAUUUUAUUCAAAGCGAAAUAAUUAUGCCUCAAAAUUUUGACUUGGUUACGAGGAUUUGUGUCAUUAAUCAAUUUCAGUAUUGUACCAUGAUACUACUGACAAAGCAUUGGCUGAAUGAUUGAGAGAAAGAAGAAUAAGCUCUUCUCUACUCCCUUUUUACU